UCGGUGCUAGUAUCAUAGCCGUUUCAAAUUCACUACGUGUUCUUAUUCGAACUGUCUUGUUCAGUUAAGUACUGUUCCAAAAUCUCGAAAAUAGAUCCAACAUCAAGCUCACUGAGUUGUCUGCGUCUAAAUCUCGCUCGGUUUAGUAGUACUCAUGUCGCCCAGAUUUUCUAAUACCACAGAAGGGUACCAAGCUCUCAGUCAGGUCGCUCAUUUUGACGAUGAAGGUAACCGUAUAAUUUGUUAACAUAGUAUCAUUGAACCCAUGCUCAAAAACUCAGAUGUCAAGGAUUUACCGCAGAGAACAAACCGCAACCAGAUGCUGUCAGUCUGGCUCCUUGCAAUCACGAUUUUGUGCACUGUCUUGGACUUUUCUAUGAUCGUCUGGGAUCGAUUUCUUCGAGUCGACCUUCGCUCUGCUUCAACUUCAGACGAGCUUGAGCCACUCCCGUUCCAGAACCCGUAUCUCAACCUCGAGAUCCUCUACAAGGAUCCUAAUUUCAAGAGCUCUACCCACGAUCCAAUUAUCAACAAUGCACCAGUAAUCGCUCAAGUUUCUAACAAGGAACGCCAAAAAAUUCUCCCUCCGUUGCAGCGUUAUAGGUCGGUGGAACAACCUGAAACCAGAGCUCCCAUGUACGAGCGACAGCUAAUAGUAACACACGAACUCGAGAGCAUCGCACAGUUUUGGGUGCUUGAUUUUGGCAUGGAGAAUUGCAGUCUCUCGCUUACUGUCCCUCCAAGAAACAGUACAGAAGAUUUUCUCCAUACGGAUCUCGGCGAUUCUGUAAUUCUUGAUGUCUGGUCUCUACCAGCUAGACAUAAGUUGGACCUAUACAAUCUAUCGUGGUCGAAACUUCCCCGACCGAGGGUACACGUUGGUCAGAUGAAUGCAUCACAUGGGAAGACAUAUCGUAUGCCAAGCUUUCGAUGCAAGUCGCAAUCAUACCAGACAUUUGCGGUUUCCUGCUCUAGUCCUGGUUGUCUUGUGAAUGUCACGGGCAAGGAUAUGGAACCCUCAGGGCUAUACAUGUUUCAGAGUCAAACGAUGUAACUAGGCGGGCAGCUGAACUGCGUAAGCAGAUGCUUCGUUACAGACGAUAAAGAGGAUUCCAAAAAAACACACUUCGUUUAGUACUAGGUCUGACAACACUCAGAAUGGUUUGGCGUAUUAGUAUAUGACCGCGUGGAAAGUCGUGAUCAUGAUAGAAGUACAUCAGACUAAUCUGAUUUUAGUACGUUUACGGCGUGUCAAUGCCCAUGUGCCCGAGAGAGAAGUGAUCAUGAUGGAAGUACUACUUACUAGGUCACCACGAGUACUCAUAUUGAUUGUGAAACCUUAGAAACAAGGCUAUGUCGCUGUACCGUCGCCAAAAAUGCAGUUCAAGUCUCG